CCUCUCACCUGCUCCACCGGAAACCCAGUGACCCUCUCACAUAUCCAGGCUGUGACAGCUCUUCGACUUCACGCUUCCCUGCUGUUUGCUGUCAGCUCAUUAAAAAUACAUUGUAGUUUGUGUCUUUAGGAAUUUGACAUUUCACCGGGCUCUUCGAUCCCAGUGACAGUUAGCUGCUAACUCAAUAACCGGCAACAACACGGCGACCAGCUGACGGAGCUUGUUAGCCUGCUAGCCCAGCUGUCUCUCCGAGUUACGCAGACCAAGAUAGGCGGCUUGGGAUCCAAGAUGUCCAACCGAGCGGUGUGCAGAGAAGCAUCUCAUGCGGGGACCUGGUACUCUGCUUCGGGAUCUCAGCUGAAUGCACAACUCGAGGGCUGGCUGUCCCAAGCCCAGUCCACCAUUAGACCUGCUAGGGCCAUCAUAGCGCCCCAUGCUGGAUACACGUACUGUGGUGCUUGUGCGGCACAUGCCUACAAGCAGGUUGAUCCCUCUGUUACUCGUAGGGUCUUCAUCCUGGGACCUUCACACCAUGUGGCCCUCUCCCGCUGUGCCCUGACACCUGCAGACAUCUAUAGAACUCCUCUUUAUGACAUGAGAAUCGACCGGAAGGUUUACGCUGACCUCUGGAAAACUGGGUUGUUUGAACGGAUCAGUUUGCAGACAGAUGAAGAUGAGCACAGUAUUGAAAUGCACUUGCCUUACACUGCUAAAGCCAUGGAGAGCCACAAGGACGAGUUUAGCAUUGUCCCUGUGCUUGUGGGCGCCCUGAGUGAAUCCAAGGAACAGGAAUAUGGGAAGCUGCUCAGCAAGUAUCUGGCAGACCCUUCCAACCUUUUCAUCAUCUCCUCCGACUUCUGCCACUGGGGUCAACGGUUCCGCUACCUAUACUAUGAUGAAUCUCAAGGGGAGAUCCACAGGUCUAUUGAGCAUCUUGAUAAAAUGGGAAUGGGCAUUAUAGAGCAGUUGGAUCCUGUGUCUUUCACCAACUACUUGAAGAAGUACCGCAACACCAUCUGUGGGCGUCACCCAAUUGGAGUGCUGCUAAAUGCGGUGGCUGAACUUAGGAAGAAUGGUUUAGAAAUGAACUUAUCUUUCCUGAACUACGCCCAGUCAAGCGAGUGCAGGAACUGGGACGACAGCUCCGUGAGUUACGCUGCCGGGGCACUCGUCGUUCAUUGAGGGCAACUUUCACAGGGACCAGUGCAACGCCGCCACCCUGUCCUUACUAUCUAUCGCCAUAACCCAGACACCCUCCCUCUCACCCCACCCCCAAUUGCGCCCACUAUUUGCAGGAAGGACCUAGACACUCAAAGCCAAUACAGUCUUCUUUCUCUGUCUCCCGCUCUUCUCCACCCUCCUCUCAGUUUGAAGUGUGUCUCAGAGCUUUUGGUUGAUACAUUUAUCUUGAAGAGCAGUUUUGAGAUUAUGUUGGAGCAAAUGGUGUGAGGAGAUGUGAGGAAUGCAUAUUAAUUUGGCUCGGGGGGGAACCGCCAGGAGGGACAAAUCUUAUUUGGGUUUUUGGAAGGACCUCAGUUGUCCAUUUCAGUUUUUCCUUACAAACGAUGGAUUUGAGUUGUGAUGCAAUCUUUACAUUUGGACUCUUGGCAAUCUGUGCUCAUGUUAUUGCCUCCGAAAAAAGGAAUGAAAAUAUAACUGCAGAUCUUAAUAUAGAAUACUGUAAUGUUGCCAGAUGAAAAUGAAGUGAGUGUUGUGACAUGACUGCUUUAAGCUACAUGCGACUUAAAUUUAAAAAAGUGUCAUAGGCUAUUUCUACCGUCGCAUUAUAUUGUAGUUGCUAACAAAGGGCUGCACCCAACAGAGUUCACUAACCCCUGUACAAUACCAAAAACAUUAUUACUCUCAUAGUAGUUUUAUUAAAUAUUAUCUUUUAUUCAUAUUCUAUUCCUUUUUUUUUUUCUCCCUUUUUUGGUAGUAUUAUUAGAUGUGAUGGUAUUUACUCAAGUAGUGUGUAGAUUUAAACAAAAGGAGUCUUGUCAGUUAAAAACCAACGACAUGGUUUGCCUGUUAAAUUAGUGCGUGUGCAAUGCUGCUCCCAGAUUCCAAUUAUACAUGUGUAGCAUCAUAGAUAUGGUUUGCUUGGGCCAGACUGCAGCUGUGGGUGCCGCAGAAAUGUCAUCGGAGCUGGAUACUGUGUAAAUGAAUCCCAACACUGACACCACUAGUCUUUGUUUACACUGCCACCUUGAAUCUCUGUUGUUAUUGAAUUGUCUUCAUAGUAGACUCAAUCUUAAUUUUUGUUUUUACAAAAGUAUAAAAAAAUGUCUUUUGUUGCACGCUCAGAACUGAUAGAGCAGCACAGCUUUUGUUUUAGCAGUUUACUAAUUCUGUCCACGAGGUAGUGAUAGACAUUUCUUUUUAUGAAUGUUUUUAUAUCCAAAUGCCAAAUGUUAUUGUGAAGAUUUCAGUCUUCAUCCUCAAUGGUUUGUUCCCAUUUUUUGUUACUCCUUAAUUAAUGAGAGUAGCUAGAAGAAGUGAUAGAUGGAGGUUUAAGAUCAGCACAAAGUCAUGAUUCAAGGUUUAACAAUUUAAAACAGGGAAAUGUGGCUCCAUGCUCUAUUAUUGACAGGUGUAAAUCUGUUAAAAACAUGAAUAUAUUUUUUUGCGUUAUGUAACGUCAAGCAAAAGGAUCCCAGUUAUGAAAAAGAAAAGUUAUUUGCAGUGUAAUCCUGCUGCUUGAAAGACUCUCAAACUGCAUACAAACAACCUGAAUGCAGUGAACCUGAUGAUUCAUAGUGGCAGGCUUUCAGGGACAGUACGUCAGGCGGCACACAAUGACUGCUGUCCUUUUCAUCUGAGAUCUGAACAUCACUUAUCUCUGACCUUUGCUGCUGACUGAUUCCCAUUGAAAUGAUUCAGUCCCCGAACAUUCGUCUCCCGCUCUCGGCACCACAAUCAUUACGCUACAAUAUCUGGCUGAAGCAAGUGAGCACAGACUGAAAAAACGAAGCCCCACACUCAAUUGACCUCUGAUGAUAAUUUAAGGGGAAACUAGUAAAGCAUAACACACUGUUAUUGUGCCUUUUUAUCACAGUUGCACAUAUACAUAAGAAGUGUAUUCUCACUUUUAGUCUUAUUUUAGGAUGUGUACUUUCAGUUUUUAUUUUUCCCACAUGUACCCUCCCCCUUGCCCAGUGCCCAACAAAGUCUCCAUCCCACCCAGCUCUCAAGGAGUGUGUUACAUCUCCCUCUAAUCUUGUUGGUCAAAAAUGGCCCCAACUGUAAUCUCCUUUCUCCAGCAGGGAGCGGUUCUGUUCUGUUUUCUCCACCCUCACCUCAUUCCUGUAGAAAGAGACAAAAGGCUAAACCUCAACACUGUUCUUUUUUCUGUUUAUGGAUCUUUGUUUGUAUUUUAGAAAUGUUUUUUUUUUUUGUAUUAUUUUUCUCUUGCUUAGAGAAUGGGAAGUUACACGUCACAAACCUAAAAUACUACUUAACUGCUCCCUAAAUGGAGCUGUUCCGAUCUCAGGUUCCACUGACAAAGCAUCCCUACAGGCUCUUCAGAUGAGGCCAAGGAUUCAUGUUACAAAACAUAAAAAAGUAAAAUGUACUGAAAAGCA